CAUAACGUUAACACAAAAAAAAACGCAUAGACAGAAUCUCUCCUUUUUAUUGACAAAAUAACCCUUGAAAAUCCAGAGAAUCCUUUUCUUUCUCUCUAUAUACGUGUAGAUCUCUCCAUGUCUGCAUCUCUCCCUCUUCUCUUUUCGCUUCAGAGAUUUUAUCAAGACAACAUAAACUUUUAGUCUUUUUUGAAAGAAAAAAAUGGGCUCGGUUCCACCUGAACUGAGCUUGGAUUUUGUUAGGCCUUCUUCAACAACAAAAACAUUUACUUCAGCAAUAAAAACAUUUACGUUUUUGCCUGAAACGAUAACUGAUUUUCUCAAGGAGGUUUCCAUGAUCGAUGAUGCUGCAGUGAAGGGUUUGAAAGUUGAUAGUUUUCUUAAUGACUUGGAAGAAGAAAAGAGAAAGAUCGAUGCUUUUAAACGAGAGUUACCCCUUUGCAUGCUCCUUCUGAAUGAUGCGAUUCAAGUUGUGAGGGAGGAGUUGAUGCAAUGUGGAACAUCAAACAAUCAACAACCAGUAUUGGAAGAAUUCAUUCCCUUGAAGAAAAAAAUCGAUGAUCAUGGUGAUGAUCGUGAAAGUGAUGGUUUAAUACAGGAGAAAGACUCUAAAGACAAGAAAAACUGGAUGAGUUCCGUUCAGUUAUGGAUUACUGAUGAUCAUCAUCCCUCUACUGAUUACUUGUUUGAUGCAAAACAAAACUUCAAAUUAGAAUCUAAGACAAACAAGAAAGCAAAUCAGUAUGUGAAUGAGGAUGCAUUCCAGGCUUGUAAAGGCAGGACUGCAGCAAGAACAUUUAUGCCAUUUAAAGCCUACCCUGGUUCGUCAAGGAAAGAGGAUGACAGUAAUAGAGAGGAAUUGCCGGUUCCUGCUCUUUCUCUUUUAACUCCUGGAAUUAAGAGCAUAAAAGAGGAAUCCAACUCUACAGGUUCAAGAAGCAGUUGUAGUAGAUCAGUUUCUACUACUGCCCCGAAUUCAGAAUCAAAUUUACGAAAUGGACCUCAAUCCCAGCAGCAGAGUUCUAGGAAGCAUAGGAGGUGCUGGUCACCAGAAUUGCACCGCCAGUUUGUCAAUGCUUUACAGCAACUUGGAGGCGCUCAAGUUGCUACUCCCAAGCAGAUUAGAGAACUUAUGCAAGUUGAUGGCUUGACCAAUGAUGAAGUGAAGAGUCAUUUGCAAAAAUACCGACUUCAUACACGGAGAGUGCCACCAGCUACAGCCUCCGCCCCUGCAAAUCAAUCUGCUAUUGUUUUGGGGGGUUUGUGGAUGGCCCAAGAUCAGUAUGGUGACUCCUCAAAGGCUAACAGUUCCAAGUCUGGCUCUCCCCAAGGCCCUCUGCAGCUAGCUGUAAACACAGGAGGGACCUCCACUACAGGAGGUGAUAGCAUGGAGGAUGACGAAGAUGCAAAAUCUGAGGGCUAUAGCUGGAAAAGUCACAUUCACAGAUCAGGAAAAGAUGUAUAGAGUUUGUCCACCAUGAAUUUUGCAGAUAAACUAUACAUGAUAGGAUUAUAUAAUUAUAGAAAUAAUACUAGAAAAAUCACAUAAUUAAAGGGGAAGGUUCUUGAGAAUGAGUGACGCUGUUAAAUUUUGCAGGAUUAGCUUUCUUUCUGUCUUAAAAUUGAGUGUCUGUAUUUGGUUGGAAUUGGUAUAAAAUUCUAAGACCCUUUGUGUUCAA